CUGUACAUACUAACUAAUGAAUCGAAUGGCAGUGGUCGAACCGAACGGGACGGUAGCAAGCAAUCUGUGCAAAAAUUAAUAUUCAUUUAAAGAAAGAAAGAAAAAAAUAAAUAAACUACCAAAGUGUAGCAGCAUAUUGCUCUUUUUGCUGUUGUGCAAAUAAAAAACAUAGAAUAAUCGUGCUUUGUUUAAAAAAGAUUAUAUUGAAUUAAUUUUAUAUAAUUUAAAAAGAUUAUGUAAAAUAAGAAUUAUAUUUGAAGCCUUUGUGAAGUGUAACACAAGAAUAAAAAAAUUUUACGAAAAUUAUCGCAUUUCCAACAAAGGUCGUCGUCAAAACGACCACUUUUGAAAUAAAUUUAAAAAAAAUAACAAACAACAACAACAAAACAAACGAUAUCAGUGUUUUUGCUUAAAUUGAAUUAAUGCCCCGACAGCAGCAAAUCCAUUGACAAAAAAAUAAAUAAAAAUAAAAAAUGCUUCUACAACGAAGCACAAUAUCGAUGUCAGUAGAGGUGAUGUCGUCAUUGUACCUCUUCCUCUUCGUCGUUCCCAUUGUAUUACUCUCAAUAACCACCUUUGUUGGUGUUGAAGCUAAACGAAAUGUGGCGGCUCUAGAAGUAGAUACGUCACAUGCGGAAUAUGUUUCGAUAGAGAAGGCUCUCUGGAAAUACAUUACAAAGCCUCGGAUAACCCGGGAGGCACAGCUGAAAAAAGUCUACGAUACACAUCGAAGUUUUGCUCGAGACAAUUUGCAACGACUAUUCGAUGAGAGUCGGUAUGAAAUUGUUCAACAUUCUGAAUGGAUAAUGUUGAAGUCGGAUUUAAUGUAUGUGAAUAGUAUAUUUGAGGCAUUCCGGGUGUUUUUAAAUACGAAUCCAAUUGAUGGGGAAUAUAAUGAACAGGCGGCCUUGGAUUUGUGUGAUAAUGUACUGAGGAAUGAUAGUACUUUCUCAAUGGAAAAGAUAUUUAAACAAAUUGAAUUGAUUAUGGUUAAACAAGCGACGUACUAUCGAGCUUUAUUGGAUGCCAAUAACCAUCUUAGUGGAACUAGACAAUCUUGUCAACAAUUCCUUUAUUCUUUGUAUGCUGAUAUCGCUUUAACCGAACUCAAAGGUUACACAAUGAUGCAAUUCUCAUGGAUGAUACUAAGAAUUUAUGGCAAAGGUAACUUUACUCAAGAAUCCGAUUUAAUGCGUGAAGAUUAUGCAAAACGUACUGAACGUACAUUACUAAAACUUCGCGAAGUUAUGCGUCGAGCUGAUCGUAUUGUCUGGCAAAAUGAUCCAAUUAAACAUGUUAAAGGUAAAACAUAUGAUGAAGUCACACGUCUGCUGCAAGGAUAUAUUGAAAAUGAAGUCGAUUUGAAUCCUGAAGAGACUUGCAGAGAAAAUUGUCAAUUCUAUGAAGCAACAAAGAGUUAUGGUUGUUUUAAGAAUUUAUAUUGUGCCAAACAGCAGAGAUGUUCUGGAAGAUUAUUGAAUUGUGGAUAUGUUGAUUCGGAUAUGUGGAUUUGUCCAUCUCCUUCAAAUAGUACUCGACGAUAUGAGUACAUCGAAUACGAAAGUGGUCGAACAUUAGGUUUGAAAAAUUACUGUUCACGAGGUUCCACAAAAGUUGAUUCUUGGUGGCGUUAUAUUUUCUGGCAUUGCAGUUACUGCUUCUGUAUUUGCGAUGAACAAGGAAUUAAAUCUGAUCGUUAUUUUAAUCUACGUGAAACUGUCUCAAAUAUCGAUGAUAACAAAGUUGUAACCGGUCUUCGAUUUGUAAAACACAAACGUGUGUUCCAUAUUCAAAUUCAAGAAGGUCAACUCCUGCCACGUGGCAAUGUUAAUCAAUCAACUUUGAGCUGGAAACCAGUUGAGGAUUAUCAGAUUUUUGAUCGUGGUGUAUCAAAUGGAUACGAUUAUCAUACUCUUGGAUGGGAUAAGCGAGCUAUUGAUUUGGAUGAUAUUGAAGGAGAUGAUGUUUCUCAUGUAGUGACUGGUAUACGAUUCCGAGUAGUCGGAGCCCAUUUGAAUCUUGAAGCACGUCUCAGUGAAUAUAAUUUCGAAAAUGGAAAAUUGGUUAAUCCAAAGACUAGCAGUUUUUGGAAGUCGAAUGAUAAUACUGAUGUCAGUGGUGAAAGAAGAGAACAAAUAAGUUUAAAAGAUCCCGAUGUACCAACAAGAACUCUAGUUCAAUCACUGCCUACUUCUAGGCAUAAUCAAUAUGUUGAAUUUACUCACACCAGUAUGGAUAGAGAUGCGGCACAAACAACAGUGCCUUUUAUUGAUAUUCAAGAAGUAACAUCAAAUCCACCAGUGCCAUUGGCUGGUGUUGGAUUAUAUCAUAAAGGAAGAAAUAAUUAUGGUGGUUUUAUAGCACCAAAAUUAAUAACGUAUGAUUUCACACCAUAUGUUCGGUUGCCAAAUAAUGACACCAAGUAAACAAAAAAAAACAGAAAACGAAAAAAAUCGAAAUGUUACUUUAAUUUUUAUUAUUAUUUUUAUUUUUUUUAUUACGCUUAGUAGUACUUUUAAUUACCUACAAUAAUGAAAUAAAAAAAAACACACUUACGUAUGUAUGUGAAGAAAUUAUAAUAAUUUAAAAACAGUCAAACAAUAAAUUACUAUGAAUUCAUUUUUGAUUUAUUUAAAUAAAUAAUAAACGAAAACAACUGAAGAUUAUGUAGAAAAAAACUGACUUGAAAUAAAUAAAGAAAUUAAAUUAAA